CAGGCUGUGGCCGUGGAACAUCUCAGUCGCUGUGUGGAGAGAUUUGACGGAGGGAUCCUCCUGUGCGUGGACCGUCACUGCGCUGCCUGCAACCCACUGCCUGCUCACACACACACACACACACACACGGAGGCAUGUAAUGGCUGGGUGAAAUCCGGACGUGUGGAUAAAAAAAAAAAACACGCAUGUGAAUAUAUAUAUUAUUAUUUUUUAUUUAUUUUUGCAUGUCAGCAGAGGAGGAGGAGGAGGAAUUGGUCGCCGGCGCCGCGGCUGCUCGUCUUUUUUUUUUUCUUCUUCUUCUUAUCGCUUCUCUCUCCCUCCUCAUGUCACUCUAAUUAAUCGGAGGCAUGUGGAAUCGCACCAGGAUUAGGAAUUGCUUCCCAAUAGUGUGCCUGCUGUUGACGUUAUGGACCAAGGUGUCCCAGUCAACCGGCUAUUUCGAGCUGCAGCUGAUCUCGGUGGAGAAUGUAAACGGCGAGCUGGCGGACGGGGAGUGCUGCGACGGCACCCGGAGCUCGCAGGACCUGCGCUGCACCCGCGACGAGUGCGACACUUACUUCAAAGUGUGCCUGAAGGAGUACCAGAUGGAGGUCACCACCAGCGGGGCCUGCACGUUUGGAGCUGGAUCUACGCAAGUUCUCGGUGGAAAUAUGCUUUCUUUUAAGAGCGCCAAGAAUAACGCGAAUAAAAUGGACGAGGCUGGCAAAAUUUUGAUCCACUUCCAGUUCGCGUGGCCGCGGACGUACACGUUGAUCGUAGAAGCCUGGGACUGGGACAACGCCACACGCACCAAUGAGGAGGAGCUGCUGAUCGAGCGCAGCUCUCACACCGGCAUGAUCAACCCCGGUGACCCCUGGCAGACCAUCCUGUACGACGGCCCCGUGGCUCGGCUCGUCUAUCGCAUCCGCGUGCGGUGCGACGACAACUACUACGGCAACAAGUGCAACAAGCUGUGCGUGCCCCGCGACGACUACUUCGGUCACUACCGCUGUGAGCCGUCGGGGGCUCAGGUGUGUCUGGACGGCUGGAUGGGACCCGACUGCCGCACAGCGAUCUGCAAACAAGGAUGCAACCUGUUACACGGCGGCUGCUCUUCCCCAGGGGAAUGCAAGUGUAACUACGGCUGGCAGGGCCAAUUCUGUGAUGAAUGUUUUCUCUACCCUGGCUGCGUCCACGGCACCUGCAACCUGCCGUGGCAGUGCAACUGUGAGAGGAACUGGGGAGGCCUGCUCUGCGAUAAAGAUCUGAAUUACUGCGGUCGCCACCAGCCGUGCGUCAACGGCGGAACCUGCAUGAACACAGAACCGGACGAGUACGACUGCGUGUGUCCACAGGGCUACUCCGGAAAGACCUGUGAGAUCGCUGAACAUGCCUGUGAGUCCAAUCCCUGCGCCAACAGCGGCACCUGCCACGAGGUUCCUGCAGGGUUCGAGUGCCAGUGUCUGCCAGGGUGGGAGGGUCCGACCUGCGCCAAGAAUUUGGACGAGUGUGCGUCCAGUCCCUGUGCUCGGGGAGGAACCUGCAUUGACAAGGAGGACGGCUUCGAGUGUGUGUGUCCACCACAGUGGGAGGGGAAGACUUGCCAGAUUGAUGCAAAUGAGUGCGCAGAAAAACCCUGCGUGAACGCUUUCUCUUGCAAAAACUUGAUUGGCGGAUAUCACUGCAACUGUUUUCGGGGAUGGUCUGGACAAAAGUGUGACAUCAAGAUGAACAGCUGCCAUGGUCAGUGCCAGAAUGGAGCAACAUGCAAGGAGGGAGCGAGAGGCUACCACUGCCAGUGUCCACCAGGCUUCGUGGGCACCCACUGUGAAAUCCAGAGGAAUAAAUGUGACGGCAGGCCGUGCCAGAACGACGGCCAGUGCCACGCAGUGCUGGACGGCUUCGUGUGCGAGUGCCUGCCAGAGUUUGGCGGACAGCUGUGUGAGAUUCCGACCUGGUCUCCCUCCGACUCCUGUGAUCCGAGCCCGUGCGAGAACGAGGCCAAGUGUCACAGCAUCAACCAGGACUUCUACUGCGCGUGUCCCGAAGGCUACGAGGGCAAAACCUGCGAGCGUCUCAAAGACAACUGUCACACUACUCCGUGUCAAGUGAUUGACAGCUGCACUGUUGCCGUGGCGACCAAUGACUCGGCCAGAGUGCGACACAUCUCUUCCAACGUGUGUGGGCCGCGAGGACGAUGCGUGAGUCAGCCGACGGGCAACUUUACCUGCAUCUGCGACCCAGGAUUCAGCGGCAUCUACUGUCACGAGAACGUUAACGACUGCAUCAGCAGCCCCUGCAGAAACGGUGGCACCUGCAUCGACGGCGUGAACUACUUCCAGUGCUUCUGUCCCGACGGCUGGGAGGGCCGACUCUGCGACCACAAUGUCAACGAGUGCAGACACAACCCGUGCAAGAACGGCGGCCACUGCGUCGACCUGGUGAACGACUUCUACUGCGAGUGUGCCGACAACUGGAAGGGCAAGACCUGUCAUUCCCGUGAGAGCCAGUGUGACCCGACCACCUGCAGUAACGGAGGCACGUGCUAUGACCACGGCGAUGCCUUCCGCUGUGCGUGUCCACCCGGGUGGGGAGGAAACACGUGCAACACAGCAAAGAACAGCACGUGCGCCUCCAGUCCUUGUUCCAACGGAGGCACAUGUGUGGGAGGAGGAGACACUUUCACCUGCAUCUGCAAAGACGGCUGGGAGGGACCCACCUGCGACCAGAAUAUAAACGACUGCAACCCUCAUCCAUGUUACAACGGCGGUAUCUGCGUGGAUGGAGUCAACUGGUUCCGGUGCGAGUGCGCUCCUGGUUUCGCCGGACCAGACUGCAGAAUCAACAUAAACGAGUGCCAGUCUUCACCCUGUGCCUACGGCGCCACAUGUGUGGAUGAGAUCAAUGGCUUCCGGUGCAUCUGUCCUCUGGGUCGAACAGGAGCUCGGUGCCAGGAGUUUAUAGGCAUCGGGAAGAACUGCCACUACGCCGGACUGCAGUUUCCCCACGGCAGCCGCUGGGAGGAGGAGUGCAACAACUGUCACUGCAUCAACGGCAAAGUGGACUGUACCAAGGUGUUGUGCGGUCGUCGUCCGUGCCUGCUCCAGUCGUCGGGUGAGGAGCCGAGGGAGAAGUCCUGCCCGGCCGGACGGGAGUGUCUGAAGCACAACUACUUCACCUGCUUCUCCCCUCCGUGCCACCAGUGGGGGGUUUGCUCCGUGGCCGGUUCCUCGCUCCCACAAGUCACCACCAAGUGCCAGCCAAACAGCGGGCAUUUGGACAACAGCUGUGUCCGCAUGACACUUGUCUUCAACAGAGACAGAGUACCACCAGGAACAACGGUGGAGAACAUCUGCUACGAGCUGACGUAUCUUCCCGGCAUCCGAGUUUUGGCAAAGGACCACGCCCUCCUUCUCCUCUGUGACGUCUCGCACUCAGAUCGGGACGCCGUGGAGGUGGCGAUAUCUUUCCACCCAGAAGAUCUCCAGGACCACAGUCUGAUCAGGAUGGUAGCCAGUGUUAUAGAAGGCACGCUGUCACGGCGGCACAACAACACCAUAAUCCUGGCGGUGACUGAGGUCAGAGUGGAGUCGCAGGUCAUUAAAUCCUCAGUGGAUUACCUGGUGCCUUUACUGUGCGUGGUCUUCUGCCUGCUCUGCCUCUUCUGCAUCAUCGUGUGCGUCUGGUGGACGCGCAAGCGGAGAAAAGAGCGCGAGAGGAGCGCCCGAUCUUCCGCGGACGAAAGCGUGAACAACCAGUGGGAGCCGCUCCCGCUCGUCACGGGACGUCAGCAGCAGCAGCAGCAGCAGCAGCAGCUGCUGAAGGAGAGCAACAGGGAGGCCGAGCAGGAGCGCAAAAAGCUCAUGGGCUCCUCCUAUCGGACGUGUGACGAAGGGGAGGAGGAGGAUGAGGAGGAGGAGAUGGAAGGCGAGCUUGAGCUCGAGGAGGAGUGCGGUGGAGCCGAGGCGGGAAAGCAGCCGGUUUAUAAGUACUCUAAGACUGCAGUGCAGUCCAGCGGGGCCGUGAUCUGCACCCUGCACAGCUCCAGUUCAGCCUUCAAAGCGCCGCACCGGACCCCGAGCUACAGCCCCAAAGACAACCGCUGGAAAAACGUCAGUGGCGUCUUGACGGGUCAGAAAGACCACAGAGACCACUGUGUAUAAGAAAUGUCACAACAGAACUCGCGGCGUUGCAAGCGAGACGAGCUAAUUCUUAUUUUCAGACUACUUUUGGAAAGAGAGUAAAAGAGGCUUGUGUGUUUUCAGCAAGUCGCUCUUUGUUUUUCGAUGUUUUCGUCACUGUCACCUGAAGCCAUUUUUUUCUCUUUUGUUGGGUUCAGGAGGCUAGAGCACAGUGAACGUCCUUUUUCUUUGUUUGUUUGUUUGUUUUGUUUUUGCUUCUGUUGGCUUAUUUUUCUUUCAUUAUGUACAGAAGGAGCUGAUGUGUAACAGUUUGUUUUUUUCCACGAGUCAAGAGAAGCUCUCUGCAAUUCUUUUCGGUUUUUGCGUUGAUGGGUUUGUGACCGUUUAAGAGGCGGCGAUGAAUCACGAAAAAAGGAGAAGCGACAACAACAAACUUUGUAUAAAGAUUUUUGUUUUUGUUGUUGUUUACAGAUUAUGAUUUAGUUUAAAAUAGUCAGUGGGCUCCUGUUGAGUGUCUGCAGUGGGGGUGGGGGGGUGGGGACAGAUACACAAUAAAGGGACGGUAGAGGACGGGGAUUUAAGGGGAAACGACGUCCCCUUUUUUGCUCCGUGUCUUUGCAGCUUUGCCCGCCUGUGGCCGUCAUGCGCCAGCCUUACCAAAACACUUGGCCUGGAGGGGGAGAGGGGACAGAAAACCCCAGUGCCUACUAUGUGGCCUUCCAUUGUUUUUGUUUUUGUUGUUUUUUUUUUCUCUCUCCUGUCUCUCAGUUGUCUCGGCUGAAAGAGUUUAUUUGUUGUUGUUUUUUGUUUUUUUUGCAGUAUUUGAGUUGGUAGCAAGUGCCUUUUCUACGAGCCGCGUUGAGACGGCUCAGCCCCCAAGUUUGACCUCGUCGUUCUCGAAAAUCUCCCAAAAAAAAGAAAAAAAAAGGGACGCAACAGAGUUGUACAUUCAGAGAGUUCAAUGUCCACAGCAACGCCACUCAAGGUAUUUGAUCAAAGCAGAAAUGAAUACUCUGUACAUAACGUGUAAAUACUAAAGGAGUCGCUGUGUAUAUUUGAAAUAAGUAACUUAAAGACAAGUCACACAUUUUUAUUAUUAUUAUUAUUAUUAUUAUUGUUAUUAUGAUUAUUAUAAUUUUUCUUUUUUUACAAUGCCAUUCCUUUUAUUUAUGCCAGUUGAAAUAGGCAGGUUUUAUAUAACACUUCAUAUCCAGUCCCACAGUUAAGAACCUUUACAGUGAGGUACCACCACGAAGGGAUUUGUGAAGGGUUUAAAAAUGGUUUCACACGCAUCAGUAAAUCUGACGCUUUUUUUGAUUGCAAAAUCAUCACUCCUGCUCUUCCAAAUUAUGAUUUGAUCCCAGAGAGUCACCCCGUUUCUUUUAUCUUUACUCGUAUAUUAAUUUAUUACGUUUUUGUUUUUUUUAAAGGACCAGCCAUUUCUAAAAACCCGUCACAAACCCCUUUUUUUGUUACGUUUCAGGUGCCUUUAAUGUAUCGAGUCAACACGUUACUUUGUGUGUAAUCGAUGAUCCUCUCUUUUUUAUGUUGUUGGUUUGUUUUCAUUAUUAAGGAAAGUUAACACUUUAAAAAAGGAAAAAAAAAAAAAGAAAAAACAUUGUGUGGUGUAACGUGGCGUGUUUUAUUCGCCUGCUCUCCUUCUCUCUCACUUUUGCGAUAAAAAACUGACGGAGAAUUCAAAAAUCUAUCGAAAAAACAAUAAAAAACCGAGUCCACCACAGUCAAAAUGUGGACGUCACGCAUUCAGCUUCAUGUUUGGUUUCAAGGCUUUAAUGAAGGGAACAAUAUUUGCAGAUGGUGUUACUUUUGGCGCAAAACCACGCAAAUGUCCUUUUUUUUGUUUUCAUUUCUUUAUUCUUUUUUUUUUUUUUAAUUUACCAACUCAGUUCUAAAAUCACAAAGUUUUACUCCCCCCCUUUCAUAUCAUGUCUUUGUCUCAGAGCACCAUCAUAUUUUCUGUAAAUGGGACACGGCAAAAAUUAAAGAAUUAAAGAUGCAUCACUGCUGGUGUUAAAAAGCUGAAUAAUGCAUAUUGUAUACAUUUUAUUCCUCGAGGGGACGUCAAGUUCAUUUUUGUACAAAGUGGGAAAAAAAAAGAAAAAGAGAGAAAAGAAAAAAAGGUUUCCAUUCUUUUUUUAGUGGAUGUUUAAUUGUUCUAAAUAAUCAUCCCAGUUAUUUAUUAAAAGCAGUUUUGACACA